CUGCGUUCUUACCAACUAGUGUAGCUAGUACAGGGUUGGUACAGUAGUGCUAAGUACAGUAAAAUCGGUGGAAAGUGUGUUUGGCGUCGCUUCCCUUCCGGCAAACAGUGACAGUGUCUCACCGACCGGCGCAACCAUGCUGGUGCUCGUGUUUCUGAGCGUGUUCGUUCUGGUGUAUUACAUCAAUUUCCGCCGAUCACGGAAACGGUUGUACGAGCUGGCCAAUCGGAUACCGGGACCGUUCGAUUAUCCGCUGAUCGGCAGCGUACUCGUCGCGCUUGGCCGGGGUCCGCUCGAGGUGGUCAAUUACCUGAUGGAAAGGAUGCACCAUCUACCGUCGCCGAUGCGGGCCUGGUUCGGACCCUUCCUAAUGGUGGUCAUCGAUAGGCCAGAGAUGGUCCAGGAGGUACUCAAUUCGCCGGCCUGCUCCCAAAAGCCGUACAUGUACGAUUUCUUCCGGCUCAGUAAGGGUCUUUUCGCGGCACCACUCGAUACCUGGCGUGUCCACAGGAAGCUGUUGAAUCCUUCCUUUUCACCCUCGGUGCUUAAAAGUUUCGUGCCCAUCUUGAAUACCAGAGCGGCUCAAUUCGUGCGCGAUCUGAAUGGGCGAGCUGUGGCGGGUGAAUGCUUCGACAUCCAUGAUCUUCUCGCGCGCUAUACACUCCUGUCCAUCAUGAAAACGUCGAUCGGCGUUGAGCUGGGAGAACAGGAUGAGUCGGUACUUCACAAGUAUACCAGUAAUGCGAUUGCGAUGUUCACGAACUGUUUCGAGCGUAUCUAUAAGGUUUGGUUACACCCGGAGUUCAUCUACAAACUUACGCCCACCUAUCGGGAGGAGACUGAGAGGAUGGCAAAGUUCAAAGCAAUGUCCAGUAAGAUCAUCGAAAAACGGCGUGCGCUUCGGAGUGAAUCCCAUCAGUCGCAUCAAACCAUCUCCGAUGACUCCGAGGAAUACCCAAAGGCUAGAAAGUUCAUCGAUCGGCUCGAGGAAAUGGCGGCCGAUCCACAACUGCGCAUCGAUGACGACUGCUUCCAGCAGCACAUCGAUACGCUCAUCUUUGGUGGUAACGAUACGUCCGCCCAAACCAUGGCCAACACCUUCCUCACGAUGGGUAUGUUCCCGGAGCUACAGGAAAAGCUGUACCAGGAGGUCAUGAACGUCUGCCCAAGUGGACCCAUUACCUACGAGGAUCUGACCCGGCUUACCUAUAUGGAGAUGUUUGUGAAGGAAACAUUACGCCAUCUACCGAUUACGGGUACGAUAGCCAGGGCUCCGGCACAGGAGGUUCAGGUCUGUGACAUCACCAUUCCGGCUGGUACGAUGAUCUUGAUACCAUUUCUGAAGAUGCACCACAACAAGAGCGUCUGGGGAGAGGAUGCCGAGACGUUCAAUCCGGACCAGUUUCUACCGGAACGGUGUGCCGAGCGACAUCCGUAUGCAUUCAUACCGUUCAGUGCGGGACCGCGCAACUGUAUUGGCAUGAAGUUUGCGUGGAAUUCGAUCAAAAUUUUGCUCUGCCAUGUAAUACGCAAUUACCGUGUCCAUACGGACAUUCGGCUACAGGAUAUCAAACUGUCACUAUCACUGGUAAUGAAACUUAACACGAAACACCUGAUACGGUUAGAACGUCGCACGGAAGUUUUGGUAUGAAGUGAAGAAGUGGUGUCGUGAACACUUCCGCAGUAUAAUCAUGUCCUCGGUAAAACCAGAGUCUUCCCAUCGCAUCGUAAAAUUGUUUUAGGAACAAAAGUAAGUCCCCUGUGACGAAUGGUGGUACCGAGUAUCACCUCUAACCCCGCGGGGCGAUCGGAUCUGAAUAUGUUGUAAGCACUGGGGUGUUAAUAACGUAGUGCCAGUAGUAACACAAUAGCAAAAGAAAUAACAGUGCCCGGGUCCUAUGGAUCUUGAAGAAGCUACCGUACAAUCAACUACAUACCGAGGUGUAGCCCUUUCGUAGGGCCUUCAUUAAAUAUAAUUGACUCCCGCACGUUCAAGAGGCUCCCAUUUGAGCCCCAGCCAUAGAGGAGUAAUCAAGCGACAAGCGAUGCAGUCAAGAUAUAAAAGCCCCCGAGUAGGAGCUGUGUGAAUAUUUCCGUAUUAUUGCAAUUGAAAAGGCGCUAAUUACUCAUCACUUGAUCGCGAAGCUCUCGACGAGAGCGAGAGCAAUAGCUACUAUAGCUACCAGACAUGGCAUGACAGUGAUCAAACGCGAUCAUACCGGCAAACCGCGAACACAGCUUUAACGGUACUUAGCAAAUCUUACCAGAUUUCGCAUCAGUGACGUCCAACAAGCGAACAGUUUCAUGGUGGGCCAUUUGCAGUCGCACGCAAUUGCAUUGCGAUGCGUGUCAAGACAUCCAUUUCCCCAUUGCGGUUCACGUAAAUGGAGCUGUAAAACCGGUUCAUUAGUAUAUUUGCAUUCCGAUAUUUGAGUCGGUCAGUCGUGUGUUGGGUGGAUUUAGAGCUAGUCUCUAAAUGCUUUUUAGUGCGAAUAUUGAGGAAGGCGGCAGAAUUUUAAAUUUUAUACUUCAAGAUAUAUUUUUAGUUUUCGGUUAAAUGGUACCAUAAUGUUGUUCAGUAAUGAUGGUUUAUUGUUAAAAAAUCCACAAAAUCAAUUACUUGCAAGAUAUUAAGGACACUGUACUGAGCUAAAUCUUUGAAUUGGG